UCUUACCCGCGCUCCCACUGGUAUCCGCGAAUACGCGUGAAGUUUUUGGCGGCAUUCAAUCCCGUAGUGGGACCCAAAACGAAGGCUGAACGUGUACCCGCGCGCGUCAACCCAUCGAGUGCGGCCCGUCGAUGAGUAACCGGACGCGUCUCGUCGGACACGCAAUGCCAGCGUCCGGUACCCGUCUCGCCCCGACGAGCCGCCAAGUCAGGAUCAACGCGCGGCGGAUCGUAAUGUGAAAAAGAUCGUGCUGGAAGCAAUGUGGCUUCCGUUGAUGCUGCUCGCCUUGAUGGCGACCGGGUCUGCGUGUCCGGAUCUGUGCGAGUGCCAUCCGAGCGGCGCCGCCGAGACAGACUUGCCGGCUCUGCUGCGCGUCAAGUGCCGCGGCCGUGUGCCGGCUUUGGCCGAGCUGCCCGCGAACACCGGAAGCUUGACCGUGGACGGGGCUGAGGAUUACGAAGUGAUCGGUCUAUUGGACGAGCUUGAGGCGACCGACUCGUCUCGCGAUCUCGGUAUGACCGACGCGUCCAACGGUGUCGACGGGAACGACACUUAUACCGCGGCCGAGGACAAUAACUCGAGCCUGCCGUGUCUCGAUCAGUUGUCCGCGACGAACUGUUCGUUGGUGUACUUGAACGUGUCGUGGCGCGGUCUCGAGCGGAUCCGAUCGCUGAACCUGUCACGCAACAGCCUGGCCCGGCUGGCCGAUGCGAUCCUGGUCGCACGCACGACCAACAUGACCGGGCUGGCACGGCUCGACCUGUCCGACAACUCGAUUGCCGAGCUGAGUGCCGGCGCUUUUAGGACGCUUACGGGAUUGGUGUGGUUGAGUUUGAGAAGGAACGCGAUUAACGUGGUGCACGAGGACGCAUUUCGCGCACUGGACCGUCUCGAACUGCUUGACUUGUCGGACAAUAGGCUGACCAAGCUGCCAGACAACGCGCUUACGCCGCUGUACUCCUUGCAGAAGUUGGACCUCAGUGGGAACCAGCUGCAAGUUUUGGGUACCAGGUGGUUCGAGAACCUGUACCGAUUGAGGGAAUUGGAUGUCUCGAGGAACGGACUGGCGCGGGCCACGUCAGGAACCUUACAACCGCUGUCGGGAUUGUCUGUGCUGAAACUAUCGGAGAAUCCGUUGAAGGAAAGAGAUGUUUCGUUGCUAUUGGGGACCGGCAGACGUUUGGAGACGGUGGACGCGUCGCGCACUGGCUUGGCCAGAGUACCGGCUGCUUUGACGAGGUCGGUGAGAGCGCUGCGACUGGCCGGCAACAAAUUAACUGCCAUCCGCGGUGGCGAUUUGGACAGCUAUCCCCUAUUACGGAUAUUGGACAUCUCGGAGAAUCGAUUGACGGACAUCGAGGACGACGCUUUGGGACGUCUGGAGGUCCUUGAGGAAUUAGACAUCUCCGGCAACGUUCUGGUCCGUGUACCCAGAAGCUUGCCCAACAGUUUGACCAACUUGAAGCUUCAACGUAACGCGAUCGUUGCGUUGAAGCUGAACGAUCUCCAAGGGCUGUGCAAUCUGAGAUCGCUGACGCUGAACGAAAACGAGAUCGGCGAAAUCGAAGUGGGAGCUCUCGGGCAACUGCCGGUGCUCGAAGAACUCGAUCUGUCCCAUAAUCCCAUUAAAACGUUACCGGCUAAUACUCUGAGUGGACCAAGCAAUCUCGCGAAGCUCCGUAUGUCGGGAUUAACCUCGCUCGAAUGGAGGCAAGAGGAACAAAGUGACAUGGCGUUCCCUGUGCCCACGCCCGAAAGACUCGUAUAUCUCGACGUAUCGGGCAGCCCGGCGCUGGCCAGGCAGCUUUUAGCGGAUGACGCCGCGCUCUCCGCCUGCAAAAGCCUGGCCGAACUGAAUUUGUCCGAGACGAACAUCACCAGGCUACGUUUCGAUCUGCCUUACAUGCUGCCGCAACUGCGGCUCCUCGAUCUCGCCGGGAAUAAUUGGGAUUGCACAGAGGAGCUCUACUGGCUCGGCGAGUGGCUGAUGCAACACAAACAACCGGAUAAAGACGUCGAACCGGGUCAAUGCGCCACCCCCCAGGAAUGGUCAGGAUCGUUUCUCUACGAAUUACCUUCACCGCCGAGUCCCCUUCCCACCGUCGUGCCAACUACUGAGACCACCGACUCGGUUACAUCAUCGAUUCCAACCACGACCACGCGCGCGUCUUCCGGCGACAAGCAGAAACCGUCUUCCAACGUGACCCGCGCGAACGUACCAGACCCGGCCGACAAUCUUACGAAUACCACCGAGGACUCUAAGACUCGCCCGACUCCGUACCACAAAAGUUUCUCCGAUGAUCCCACUAAUGGCGCGGAGGAAACGAGAACCGCGUCGCUGCCAGUCGCCGGCAACGAGACCCGUUUCUACGAGGCUCCGACGUCGUUCAGAAACGCGACGUCGAUCGCGAAAACGCAGAAAUGGCGCAGCCUCGGAAGGAAGAUAAUCAAAGUCAAUCAGACGGCGGCGGAGAUGAAAAAUUUUAUAACGGAUGUCGACGGGUUGUCAGACCGGGAGACAGAGAGGCCGUCGAUCGACGCGAAGCCGGACGACUUUGAUUCACGGACCUUGGACAAUCGGGUCGAUGCCAAAAAGAUGAAGACCAAACGACUGAACAAGCUACCCAUGACUUCGGGCAAGAGCGGUUCCUUCAUCAUGUCGAAACUCAGCCCGCGGAAGCGAAUGGAUCAAGAUGAGGGUGGAACAGACGGGAAAUACUCGAAGAGACUGAACGACCUGGUGAAAGAGGAUCUGGUGCUGGGGAAUACCGUGGAGACGAGCGCGAUGGACGAGGAAUUGAAUAGCCGGGCCACUAAUUCCGACGCGAGAGUGUCCGAGGCUUUGUCCGCCGGCGCUCAUCCCGGCAUGCUAGUGCUAGCCGGCGCGGUCCUUGGCGCCGCAGCUGCGCUGACCGUGGUGUUGUCGCGAAGGGCCACGCUGCGCCGCAGGGACAGGUAUCAUCGUCACGAGAAUAUCGAGGUUCACACGCUCACCCCGACCACGGAGCUCUGGUGACCGGAGUCUGAACACGCUCGAUUAUUCGAGAGGGAGAACCGACCGACCGGCGACGAUCGCGGCGAACGCGGCCGAAUCUCAUCGUCGUCCCUGCUAUCCGAACGAUUAUCGAGCACGUUGGACGGGUACUUCAGGAAGACCGCGCUCAAAUAAUGCGAUAUCUUCGAGCCCGGCUCCAGUAGUUCCCAAAGACAUUCAACCGAACACGUUUCUCGCCCGAAUUUCUCGCAGCCACAACUACCGAUCUCAUUCGAAGCAAAUAUUCUUAAACACGUUCAAGGUUUCCCCGCGCAAAAUCGGUCGGCGACGACAUAGUACAAACUUGACUCGAGCCGAGCAGCGAGUAACCAAGACACCACAUCCUGACGGGGUCUGACACGGGCAAACCAGGCUUCACCGUGCGUUUGCCAAAGCAGCCGGUUUCCGUAUAACCAUCAAGACCUGGCCCGUCGGGAAAUACUGAGCACGCGAGAAGAAAGUUCGAAGGCAGCAACGCGCGCCGCGGUAUGCGCGGGUCCCCGAGCGAUGAGCUCGUAGAGGCCGGCGUUCAAUCGGAAUCGACACGGGGAAGUUGAUUGAACAAGAAUACUCGUUCGGAUUCUGAAUUAAACACGUUCACGUAUGACGAAGGGGAAGAGGAGUCCAGUGAUCGAUCGUCGACCACGGACACAGACCGGUGACGCGAUUCACCGGGUGAGAUCGAUGAAGAGAGGAUCGCGUGCAUGCAAAAGCAGAAGGCAAACUGGCGAGGUGGCAAUAAUUAUGGGGCAGCCGGAGGGCGGCGAUGUCGGCCGAUCGGCGCACACCGAGUCGAAUAGCGCAUAGUGACAAUAAUAACUGUAACGUGCCGCGUAUCUGUAAUGGACCUCUCGUCGCGCGUUCGGGACGCUUGAAAGUGCUUUGCGGGUGCCGACGGGUGCGACUGAAGAGGAGAUCGAAGCCGGAAGAAGGGGGUGGACGGCCGAAAGAAGACUGGAGGAACGGAUAAGGACGAAGGAACGUGCCGGCAUGAAAUUCGCGGUGGCGAAUUGUACGUUUGAAUGACAGUGCGAGAGGUCGGGGGUGGGAAAAGGGAGAGCGAUUGCUAGGCGGGAGAACUUUUAUCGAGCGCGCCGCGCGGGAUCGAGCCGGAGCUGAAGAAAGCUCGGGAGCAUUGCGAGCGCGCGCGACGGUGCAAGUGAACACGGGGGAUGCGAGAGAAGAGAGCCGUGGAGAACUCUGUGUGUGUGUUGUCUGCGUGUAGAGGAGAGAAAGGGAGAGAUCGAGUGAGCGGGAAAGAGUGCGAGGGGAGAAAUGAUCGCGAGUUGGAAACCGCUCUCGACGGCGGCAACACCGAGUGUACAGAAACAUAGCUUCCGAACUUAAUUCUAGCGACUUGGCGAGUUGCCAAGACCUCCUCGGCAAACAGAAAAAAAGGCGAGGGAUAAGAGAGAGCGGGAGAGAGCAGAUAAGAAAUAACGAAGAGGCUAGACAUUAUCUUUCUUAAAAUAACCAGUGUCAAAGUACUGCUAUGAUAAUAAACCGACGUACAAAGAUGCAAGUCUCUGGAUUAUUUCUUCUGAUCGCCGUCUGUUUUAACUGGUAGUUAUUUGUUGUUUCUCUUGUUUUCUUUGGUUAGAAGAGGUUGUUACCAUUUCUUGGAAUUAAUCGGUUAGUUCUCGUGGAGAAUUCGCACGAUGUUCAACAGUUUGGGAUCGCUUAUAGGAUCAGAUGAAGGAAAGUUUUUUAAUGGAAAGAAUGGAAAUAAAUGUUUGAAUGUGUAUUGGGAUAUUUUUAGUUAGCAUAGGGCUAUAGAGAUAUUGCAAGAUUGUAAUUAGUAAACUUAUAUUCAAUUAUAUUGAAAUUAUUACUUAUAUUCUCUUUCUUGAAACAGAUUCUCUUCGUUUUAAUUAAGUUUCUGUCAUGGACAGAUAAUUAUCUAAUGAGGAAACGUGGAGAGUUUAAUUGAAAUAAAGAAUAGAUAAGAAAUAUGACGGGGGAGAAGCCCUAAUGAAGUUAAUGAAGAUAAGGAGCAUCGAACUUGUAUAGCUGAAUUAUCUUGUUCUUCAUUUGUUUGUACGUGUCUUUAUUAG